CGAUUUUGUCCACCCCAGCAGAACUCGUCGCAUCUAUCGGUAUACCUCACGAGAAGGAAUCUCUUUAUUGGUACAGUGGCUCAAUUCUCAUGUCCUGUAGGAUACAAACCACAUGGACAUACUACUGCUACCUGUGAGGAUGAUGGGACAUGGAGUCACUCUCCGCCAGAAUGUCAUGAGAGAAAAGCGCGCUACAAAAGUCUAUGUUUCUCCCGUAUUCGUGAGAGUCUUUCAGCGAUUCAAUGCCCUCCACUGGCAGUUGACAGCCGGUCAAUGACGGUGACAGUAUCAUCAUACAAAUUUGGAGGUGUUGCACAGUUCCAGUGCGCUAAAGGAUUUACUCUGAUUGGAGCUGAGCACAUUCAUUGUCAAAGUGACAGCAGUUGGAGCGAGAAAAUUCCCAUUUGCACAAUCGUAAAAUGUGCGAAAAUUGAUCCGCCAAAAAAUGCUGUUUUACUUUCUCCUCCGAAGAGCCAAUAUCAUCGUGGCGAUGUUAUGCUUUUUGGAUGUCUACCGAAUCAUAUACUAACCGGAGGGGAUUUUGUCGUAUGUCAGCCUGAUGGCAAGUGGACUAAGAUCAUAACGAAAUGUGAUGCUUUUUGUCGUCAUCCUGGCGUUCCUGCCCACGGUGCAUCAACAUCACCUCCCAAAGAUUACUACCUCGUCGGCGAGAAGAUUGUGUAUUUCUGCCCAUCACAUGAUUAUAAGCUCAACUCUGAGAAUGUGCUCACAUGUAUAGGAGCUGGGAAAUGGUCUCGAAAAAUUCCUCUAUGUCUUCUUGAUCGACGGAAUUGAAA